UUUAAAAAAGGAUUAUUUAAAAUAUCAAUAUAGAAAUAUUAUAUCAUCAAGUAUUAAAAAGAGAAAACACAAUUAUAAAGAAGAAAGUUUAAAUUUAUAUGUAGCUUUCAAUUAUAAUAUAAAUUUGUGUCAUGAACGAUUUGACAAGAAUAUUUAUUUGUAUGAUGUGAACUCUACAAUUUUUAAACUUUCAAAAUAUAUCCAUAAAUUCAAGAAGAAAUAUAUAAAAAACCAAACAACCAAAAAGAAGGGAUAUGAAAAGAAUGAUAAAUACAAUUAUAAAAUAGAACAAUUAUUUAUGUGUUAUAUUUCACUUCAUAACAAUAUUAAUAGAGAUAUAUUUUUAAGAUUAACAAGAGAUGUUUUAAAUUUCCCACCUUUAAAAGAAAAAAUAAUUUAUGACAAAAAAUAUUAUGAAUAUCUUUUAUAUGAAAUAAUAAAAUGUGGACAAGGAAAUAAAGUUGAUAAAAUACAUUUUUAUGAAUAUGUAAUAAAAAUCAUUUCAAGUUUCUUAUUGAAUUCUACUUUAUUUUUCAAUGAACUUUUUGAAAGGAAAUUUUUUUUAGAUUUCUUAAAUUUAAUUAAAAAAGAAGAUAUUAAUAAUUAUAUCAAUAAUUUUACAUAUCUCCUUUCAUGUAUUUCAUUAUAUAAAAGAACACUGAAGAAAAAUAAUACUUUUCAUAACAAUAAGGAUAUAAUAUUAUCAUCUAAGUUUUUAUUUAAAAAUAAUUCAAAUAUAUUGAUAGAAAAAAAGAAGAAGGAACUAUUACUAGAUAGCUUACAUAUUAUAUUACAAAUUUUCGAUAAAAUUCAAAAUUAUCAAUAUUUUAAACAAAUAGAUAUAUGUAAUAUAUUUGAUUUUUUAAAUGAAUUUAAAUCAUUUCAUAAAAUAAAAAUAUGUAUUCUUAUAAAUAUUCAUAAAUAUUUAAUUCCCUCAAGUGACAUGAAACACUUGUGUUUAUUAUUGUAUUUAAUAACCUCAAAUAAUAAUAAUAGAAAUAUAUGUAAUGAGUAUAUCCAACAAAACGCCUACAAAUACAUAUAUAAUAUAAUUUUUCUAAGAAGAAAUGAACUAUAUGAUAUUAAAAAUUGGAACCUCUUUUUAUUAAGCUUAAUAAAAUAUAAAAAAAAUGAACACACCAAUAAAAUUAUGAGAAAGGGGAAAAUCAAAAAUAUAAAAAUGAUAAAAAUAAAUGAAAAAAUAAAUGAAAAAAUAAAUGAAAAGAUAAAUGAAAAAAUAAAUGGACACAUAAAUGAAAAUAUAAAUAGGCACACAAAUAAAAUAAGUCGUGUUUUAAUUAAUGGUGAGACAAAUAAAACUACAAAUAUAUCUUUAAGAUCACCAAAAAAAAGAAAUUAUAUAAAAUACAAUAAAAAGUUUGAAUUGUGCUUAAAUGUUAAAAAUAGUUAUAUGAAUAAAAAAAAAAAGUACAAAGAGAGAAUUUUAUAUUUUUCAAUCAAGAAUUAUUUUAUGCAAUUAAUAGAGCGAGAAAAAAAAAUAAUAAUAAAUCCUAAAUAUAUAAAAACGUUUUAUGAAUAUUUUUCUUUUUAUCAUAUAAAAAAAAAUUGUAUAAGAAAAAAAAAUUAUAUAUCACCACUAGUUUUAAUUCAAAAUUAUGAAAGUGAAAAAGAAAAACAAAAAAAAAAAAAAGAAUAA